GCUUUUGCCUGUUUCGUUCAGACAUUCAGAUUUAAUCAAUUUUUAAUUUUUAUCAACGUUGUCUUUCCAGUGAAUAAAACUUGAGUUUGUAAGGUAAAUUAUAGUGAUAUUACAGCCGAAAUGUCCUAUUCAGUGAGUCAUGACGUGUUAGUUUUCUGUAAAAUAUUGAUCAAUCUAUAAGUAAAAUAAAAAAUCUACCAAAAUUUUAACUUCACAAAUAAGCCCUGUAACAAAGGACGAUAAGAUCAAUUAAAAAUCCAUAUUAUUAUUAGCUUAUUACAGUAUUGUAAGCGGAAAAUAUUUACUAUAAGCUUUUAACCCGUAAUCAAUAAAAAUGUCUUUGAGGUGUAUCCGCCUAGUUACUUUCGAUGCUACUAAUACACUUCUUAAGUUUAAAGUACAGCCUUGGGAAUAUUACACGAUUUUGGGUCGAGACUAUGGAUUUGAAGGAUCUGAUGAAGAUCUUAAAUUACGUUUACUGGAUAACUACAAAUUUAUGUGGAAUAAAUAUCCCAAUUUUGGUAAAAACCAAAUGAACUGGGAAGAUUGGUGGAGGCAAGUAGUAAAGAAGACAUUUGAUGGACAACUGCCAAGUAAUGCCAAUAUUGAGGGCCUGGCAAAUCAACUAAUAAAUGAUUACAAAACAACAAAAUGCUGGUAUUUAAGAGACGGCAGUCAUGAGGUGCUUAACUACUUAAGAAAUUAUGGAGCAUUCCUGGGUGUGAUUUCUAAUUUUGAUCCACGUCUUGUUGAGAUUUUACGCAAUGUUAGAAUUGAUUACAAAUUAGAUUUUAUUUAUACCUCAUUUGAUGUUGGUUAUGCCAAACCAGACCCAAAAAUUUUCAAUCAUGUGUUAAUGCAAAAUAUACCAGGCAAGCCCAAAAACUUGCAGCCUAAAAACUGUCUACAUAUAGGAGAUGAUCUUGAAAAAGAUUACAAAGCAGCCAAGGCUGCUGGAUGGAAUGCACUGCUCAUAUCUAAAAACAAAAACUAUGAAGAAUGUAUUCCCAAAGAACAUAUAUUUCCAAACUUAAUAGACCUACGUUUGGCUAUUUCUAAAAAUAAGUUAAAUGUCUUCUAGAAAAAUCAUGUUCUUAUCAUCUCAAGUUAGUUACCUUAGGUUACUUAGAUGCAUAUUAAAUUAUCCUAAUAUUAGCAAAUGUAAUAUUAAUUUUAGGUGCAUAUACCUAAGCUUUUAGUCAAAAAGUUUAAUUUGAUAUUGUGUUCUAGAGUAUUAAGAAAAAAAAAUAAUGAUAUAUUAAUUUGCAUGACUCACUUAAGUAUGUAUAAUAUUGUAUGAUUCUAUUGUGCUUACAUAUUUCUAUUCCUAACAAAUAGUUUGGUUUGUUAAAGUUUUUUUGAUUUGUUGUAAAUAAAUGUAUUGAUAUGUACCUAUUUAUCAGUUUAAAGGAUUAAGUCCCACAGAAGAGUAGUGUUGAACCAUAGUAGUAGUAGGAUCUACAGUUUCAGCAUCUCCAUGACUGGUGCAUAUGGUGUGUCAGAGUAGAACAUGAAUUGAUCAUGCCAACCCAGCUUGCCGAAGUACUCCAGAAAUUCCUCCACAUUACUUGCAAUCAAGGAAGGGGGAGCAACCUCUACAAACUGAAAUACUGGACUCUAGAGACUGGAGAGGACUCGAUGUCCUGAUUUUCUAAUCAGAUUUUGAAUGGUUAACAUUAGUAACUACAAAUGGUAAUUUAUUUUUAGAGUGUUCUGUUAAUUUCAAGUAUAAUUGUGUUCUGGCGUUUGUUUUAUGAAUAAAACUACAUUCUUUAAAUAAAAAAAAAAUUGUGUUACUGUAAGUUAUAUGGCAUGCUUUAA